CCACCACUGCUUGUCAGCCGGCCUCAAUCACCCCCCUCCUUUUCAGUUUCUCAGAGGCGCUAGGAGCUGUACCAUAAACCUGAAAAGACAAGCUUCAACAGUAGUCUGCUAGCAGCGGUAGCAGCACUUUGAACGUCAUGGCUACUACUGUAACGUGUACCCGCUUCACAGACGAGUACCAGCUGUACGAAGAGCUCGGAAAGGGUGCCUUUUCUGUAGUGCGCAGAUGUGUAAAGAAAUCCACAGGUCAAGAAUAUGCUGCCAAAAUUAUCAACACCAAAAAGCUGUCAGCCAGAGAUCACCAAAAGUUGGAACGAGAAGCUCGAAUAUGUCGACUUUUAAAGCACCCAAAUAUUGUACGACUCCAUGAUAGUAUCUCAGAAGAAGGCUUCCAUUAUCUCGUCUUUGACUUGGUCACUGGUGGGGAGCUGUUUGAAGAUAUUGUUGCAAGAGAAUACUACAGUGAAGCCGAUGCGAGCCAAUGUAUCCACCAGAUCCUGGAGAGUGUCAACCACAUUCACCAGCAUGACAUUGUGCACAGAGACUUGAAGCCUGAAAAUCUCUUAUUGGCUAGCAAAUGUAAAGGGGCGGCGGUUAAGCUUGCAGAUUUCGGAUUGGCAAUAGAAGUACAAGGAGACCAGCAGGCGUGGUUUGGUUUUGCAGGCACGCCAGGCUACCUGUCUCCUGAAGUUCUAAGAAAAGACCCAUAUGGAAAACCAGUUGACAUCUGGGCAUGUGGUGUAAUUCUGUAUAUAUUACUGGUAGGCUAUCCACCAUUUUGGGAUGAGGACCAGCACAAACUCUAUCAGCAGAUUAAAGCAGGAGCCUAUGAUUUUCCAUCACCAGAGUGGGACACGGUCACUCCAGAGGCUAAGAACCUGAUUAACCAAAUGUUAACCAUCAACCCUGCAAAACGGAUCACAGCAGAACAGGCCCUGAAGCAUCCAUGGGUCUGUCAACGAUCCACUGUGGCCUCUAUGAUGCACAGACAAGAGACAGUCGAAUGUUUGAGAAAGUUCAAUGCCAGGAGAAAACUAAAGGGGGCAAUCCUCACUACAAUGCUAGUAUCAAGGAACUUUUCAGUUGGCAGGCAGAGCACCAGCCCCGCUUCCACUGCCACGAGUGCUGCUGGCCUGGCUGAGCAAGCAGCAAAGAGUUUACUUAACAAGAAAACGGAUGGUGUGAAGAAAAGGAAGUCGGGCUCCAGUGUCCAUUUAAUGCCACAGGCAAACAACAAAAACAGCAUAGUGAGCCCUCCAAAAGAACCCGUCCCGUCACCGACACCAAUGGAACCUCAAACAACAGUAGUUCACAACCCAGCAGAUGGUAUUAAGGAAUCUACUGAGAGCUGUAACAUGACCACAGAGGAUGAAGAUAUUAAAGUGCCUGCCAGUAGCAUUGGUGAGGAGAACAGUGGAAGGGUUCGAAGAGGAAGCCUCCCCCUGACAGAAUCUAUGCCAUCGGAACCAACUCUCUGUCGUGCGGCCUCUACACAAUUGUGUGAAACGAAAACUACUGCCUGGGAUAGCCCAGCGCAGACAAUCACAUUAGAGCAUGCCCAGCCUGUGUUGGCACUAACUCCAGUCAGUCCCCUGGCUGAAGGCAACGUAAAACCUCCUGUUGCUGAUAGAAGUUUGCCUGAGACUAAGAAUGUUGAGCAGUCACCUGCUGUACAGAGCUCACCUGCUGAUGAUAGAAGUUUGCCUGAGACUAAGAAUGUUGUGCAAUCUCCUGCCGUGCAGAGCUUACGCAAGCAAGACAUCAUUAAGAUCACAGAGCAACUGAUUGAAGCAGUGAACAAUGGAGACUUUGAUGCUUACACGAAGAUCUGUGAUCCUGCUUUAACUUCAUUCGAACCAGAAGCUCUGGGAAACCUAGUGGAAGGCAUGGACUUUCACAAGUUUUACUUUGAAAACUUGUUAUCAAAGAACAGCAAACCAAUCCACACGACCAUCCUGAACCCACAUGUGCACUUGAUUGGUGAUGAUGCAGCCUGCAUUGCUUACAUCCGUCUGACACAGUACAUUGACAGCCAGGGUCGACCCAGAAGCAUGCAGUCAGAAGAGACGCGUGUCUGGCACCGUCGAGAUGGAAAAUGGCUGAAUGUACAUUUCCACUGCUCAGGAGCACCGGCUGCACCACUUCAGUGAGUACUUUGCACAGCUUGGGAGAUGUUAAAGCGGGAGAAUCUUCUUCUCAUCCAGCGCCACCAGAGCGCCGAGAAUCAGUGAAAGUGACGUCUUGAAGUUUAAAAUUUAAAAAAUUAAAAAAACGGCAGCGGCCAUGCACGAAACCCUGCAUGCGUCUGAUGUUUUUGGUGGCUGCCUCCUCUAUGUUGUUUUCUAUGGAUCCAUCGUGUCUGUUUCUGCUGUAUGAAGGUGUUGAAAAAAAAUUACGCAAGAAAGGACAAGAAGUGGCUACAGUUUGAAAACCUGGAAACCAGAAAAAAAAUCUAAUUUGCUUUUGUGCAACAGCAGUUAUUGCCACUUAAAAAUAUUGACAGAUGAAUGAAUACUUAAACAUAAGAAGCACCAGACUGUCUGAAGAUUUAAAAUCAAGAACUGUAUAUUAAAAGAACAAGAGGUCAAAUACUGAAGUGGUGCUUUCUUUUUCCUCUCUUUUUUUCUGUCUCUCGAACUCUGUCAAUCUCUCUUUCAGUCAAGAAGGUUGAACAUUGUACUGCAUUAAAACAGAGCUGUAAAAUUAGUGUAAUGUAAUAGGUACAUUGGGAAACCGGACAUGUAACAUAUAAGUCACAGCUGAGCAUUCAUCGCAAGUUUUAAGAGUUUUUAUGAUCAGCUGUUACUGCUGUAGGCUUUUCAGGAGGAUACUGGCCACUUAACUGCUGGUGUUAUAUCCCAGAGUUAACCGGAAACAAAUGAUGUAAUAAGAGGUUUACAACUACACAGCUUUCUUAAGUGGUGUAGCUACUGUUGAGACUGCUUAGGGGAUGGUGAACACUGAAGCCGUCAUGAUUAUAAGGUAUCUGAAGUUGUGGAAAUACAGAUUGCCUGAGGCUUAGCAGAUGACUGUUAAAAAAUGCAUCAGAGCCCCAAGUACAUCUGAUUGGCUGGUGCUAAGCUUCCCAGAAGUGUAUAAAACAUUAUUCUCCUCACUGACUUCUAGUAUUAAUUUGUUUCCUUAACAUCUAUAUAUAUUAUAUAUAUGAUAUAUAAAUAUGUAAAAGUAAGGCUGCAAUCCCUUUAGGAAUAGUAAAUACAUGCUGUACACAUGCACGCUAACAGAGCAAUUAGUCUGUCCUUCUUUUAUUGAUGUCUGCUGAUAAAAUAGCUUAGAUUUUAUUUUAAAGUUGGAAUGAUUUAAAAGACCGAGGGUAUAGAUUUGAUUCAGUGAAUAUUUGGGGGGAAGGUGUUACGGUUCCAGCAAAUCCGUCCUUCCUUUUGUUAUGCAUCUAAACAAGCAUUGUUGUACACUUCUGUGGAUCAGUAAUUGCUUUGAGUAACAAAAGACCCGAUUAGCAAAGGCAUGUGGGCUUGACUUCAAAAACAGCUUCUGUUUCCUAGAGGUGGUGGAAACAAAAACCAGAAAAAUUACUUGUAAAAUGGUGCAUACCUGAAGACUGAAUAUCACUGGCUUCUGUCCACAGAUUUGUGUUCAGGCACCUUCUAGCGCCUUCAGAGUCACUGUACUUAAGAUUUUUUAAAUUAACAGAUCUAUAACAAGUUACACAUUGCCUCCCAUGUGUUUUUUUUUUCUAUUCUCAGAACCACCUCUUGUUAAAUUAAUAAAAUGUGUAACUUACCAACAACUUUGUUAAAAAAAAUAGGAGGGAAGUUUGUGACAUUAUUUGGGGAAAAAAAGUCUCCUCCUCCCAUAAUUAAAUUUACAUUGCACUGAAACUGAGUAGAAAUUCAGCCUAUAAAAUCAGGUAAGCGUCAUAAAUGAGUGUUAUUAUUUGGUUUAUAAAGAUUGAAUUGCAUUGUGCUGUUUAACUAUAUUGUACAUCUAAAGUUAUCUGUUGUAUUGAGAAUGUUGCUCAUGAAAUAACAAUAGAAGGGAUGUGAAAAAAACACUAAAUUGAGUGAGUUACACUCAAAGCAACACUAAGCAGGCUAGAAGGAAAACAAAAACUUGUCACUCAAGUAUCUCAUCACGGCCACAUGUGUAAAACAAGAGCAAAAAGAAUAUGCAGUUAUUCUGGGCUUAUGCAUGUCUUCUUAAAGGUUGAUAUUUUUACUGUCUGUGUUUACUUGAUAUAAUAAAACAUAUGUAUUUGGUAAUUGCAUCAUUCAGACGGGUUGAAGAAAACCUCAGUCUUCAAAAUGAGGAAUGUUUGCUGAUUUAAUUUAAUGAGGAAUUUUUAGCUUGGUAUGAUAAGGACAUGUUACCAAUCAUGUACGCAUUCAAAAAUUAUUGCAUUGUUACUGUUUAUCUUAUGGGGCUAUUAUUUAAUAAACACACGUUUUAAACAACAAAAGACAAAAAAAGCAUUUGACGCUGGACUUUUGCAUGAUGUUAUCUUAGGACUUGAAAAAAAAAAUCUUACCCAGUGUUUGUUUGUUAUGAAUGUUGGUAAUUCUUCAUAGCUUUGUUACAAUGGGACUUGAUCUGAAAGUGUUUAAUAAAAUAACAUUUCAACAGUG